AUGUUCAAAAAAGAACCACGCAUCAAGGCACUGAGUAAAUUGAAAAACUCUGACCGAAAGAAACUUGUGCAAUCGCUAAAAGCUCAAUUAAAGAGCGAUGAGGAUAUCUCUGUUGCCGGUGAUUCUAUAAUGCAGACAAAUUUCAUAUCAACUACUGCGGCAGGAACCAUAUACACGGACUCGAACAGUAUCCCUAUUAUGUUCAAGACCAAGCACUCAGAUACUUUAUAUCCAACCAGCUUUUUAUUAUGGUCUAAUAAUGGUUUAUUAUCUACGGUAAGGACCCACUCGGUAGUUGUCGAAAACUAUAUUUUCAAUGGGGCAGAUCUGAUGAUUGCAGGUACCGUUCCUCCAUUUGAUUCUACUUUGACGAUUGGUACUAUCUGUGCGGUAGCUACGAAAGAAGCGCCAGACGUGGCAAUUGCAGUUGGGAUUGUAAAGCUGAACUUGCCUGAAUAUCAACAAGUUUUGGGUAAAACUGGUGUCGCUGUAGAAAUUUUACAUCAUUUUGAAGAUGCGCUAUUUUCUACCUUCAAAGCUAAGCUAGAAAUUCCAGCUUCAGUUAAAAGUAUAUUACAGGAAGAAACUACCGCUGACGUUGCAAAGGAAUCGGAUGCAGAACAAGAAAGUCAAUCGGUUACCGAGCCACCUUCUGGCUCUGAGGGACCUGAUGAUAUUGCUGAGGUUUUAGAUGAAUUAACCGUUGAGGAUGUAGACUACUUUAUAAGAAGGGCAUUAUACUUCACAAUGGUACAGGAUAAUACCCUUACACUUCCUGUUGUAGCUUCAGCUUUCAUGUCGAAUCAUAUUAUGCGGAACCUUCCAGACGUUGACCAUAAAAAGGUUAAUAUCAAAAGGACUUCCUGGAAGAAGACAGCCAAAUUUCUGAAAUAUUUUGAAAAAGAAGGCUUUCUUAAAUUAAAGGGUAAAGGUGAUGAUUUGAUCAUUGUUGGUAUGAAUAAGGAUAAAGACGAACUGAAAAAUUUUGUUCCUUACAAAAUCGGAAAUACAGCGAAGAAAGCUGCCUCCAAAUCAGAUAGUACUCAAACUCAAGGUGUAUCAGUAAGCUCCGUAAAUUUAUAUAAGCCAAUCAAUCUGGGACAAAAAUUUAUCAAAGAAUCGAAUAUUUCAGGAGGUCCCAUGUACACUUCUUUAGAAAUCAGAAAUUGUAUUAAUGAUUACAUCAUCAAGAAGAACUUAGUAGAUGAAAAGGAUAAAAAAAUGGUCAUGUUGGAUGAUUUAUUAUUUGCUAUGGUCAAUAGGAAAAUACAAAAUCCUAUAUUUCCAAGGAUCAUACCAAGAGCUAACAUACUAGAACCAUUAAUUGCAAAUAAUUUCAAUGAAUACUUCCAACUUUAUAAAGGUGACAAUACCCCUCUUUUCAAAAACCCAAUCAAGGGUCAGACACCAAAAAUCGACAUAGUGACAGAAAUGAAAAUCGGUAGAAAGGUAGUUACAAGAGUUUCCAAUUUUGAAAAUUUUAGAAUAUCUCCAGAAGAAUUGGCGGCCGAUUUAAGAAAGCUCUGUAGCGGCUCAACAACGAUAUCUGAAACGCCAAAAAAGGUUUCAGAAGUUCAAGUACAAGGGCCACAUGGACAGUUAAUUAUUGAUCAUUUUAAUAAAUCCGGAAUUCCUAGCAAAUUCAUACAAUUCGAAAAUAAGGUGAAGAGACAAAAAAAAAAGAAAUAG